AGCGCUGCAGCGGGUUCCUCGUUUUCUCUCCGGGUCCAUGUUGGACUUGAUCUGUUCUGCUGGGUCAUUUCAGGCCACGUCUGCCCGAUCAAAGCAGCAAACAUUCACAGUACAUGGAUAUUUAAUACAGGACAUAUACAAUUCCGUGUGCCAGCUUCGAGAUGUUUGUAUAACAAAUCAAGCAAGGUCAGGUUUGCAUCCUGAACACCUCUACCGGAUCUAUAGGCAAACUGCAUCGGGUCCAAUUUUCAUGUUGGGAGGGAUCUGUACACCUCAGCCCUGGCUGGAGUAAUCAUUGCCACAUUUAUCUGCCUCGAGUGCUGCGAUCAGCUCGGGGACGACUCAGAUAUCACACAGAGCAAGAUAUCAGCGAGCCCGUGGACACCACAAGAAUGAAGUUUAACGCCUAAGAUACAGCAGUAUGUCAGAGCAAGCAGACAAAUGCACCCCCCGCUGGAAAGAUGAGCCUAUGCAAAAUGGGUACAUACCAAGUUACCUGGACAAGGAUGAGCUGUGUGUUGUGUGUGGGGACAAAGCAACUGGUUAUCAUUAUCGCUGCAUUACCUGCGAGGGCUGCAAAGGUUUUUUCCGGCGCACGAUCCAGAAGAACUUAAACCCGACGUACGCGUGUAAGUACGAGGGGAAGUGCGUCAUCGACAAAGUCACUCGAAACCAGUGCCAGGAAUGUCGCUUCAAGAAAUGCAUCGCUGUCGGCAUGGCAACAGACUUGGUGUUGGAUGACAGCAAGCGUCUGGCCAAGCGUAAGCUGAUUGAGGAGAACCGCGAGCGACGGAAGCGCGAGGAGCUGCAGAAGACGGUGUGGGAUCGUCCGGAGCCCACGCAAGAGGAGUGGGAGAUGAUCCGCGUCGUCACAGAGGCACACAUGGCCACGAAUGCCCAGGGCAACCACUGGAAACAGAAGCGCAAAUUCCUGGUCGAGGAAGCAAUGCUACUUAAUGAAAUAACAUGUAAUUUAUUCUGUACUUCUGACCAGAGUGCAGUGGGGGUGAAGGAAGCCAAGCCGGAGGACAUCGGUUCAGCACCCAUCGUCAAUGCCCCAGAGGGAAGCAAAGUGGACAUAGAAGCCUUCAGUCAGUUUACAAAAAUUAUCACCCCCGCUAUCACUCGUGUCGUGGAUUUUGCCAAAAAGCUGCCCAUGUUCUGUGAGCUGCCCUGUGAAGACCAGAUCAUCUUGCUGAAGGGUUGCUGUAUGGAGAUAAUGUCUCUACGAGCAGCCGUACGUUAUGAUCCUGAGAGUGAGACCCUGACUCUAAAUGGAGAGAUGGCUGUCACACGGGGGCAGCUCAAGAACGGGGGACUGGGUGUGGUCUCGGAUGCCAUAUUUGAUCUGGGCGUCUCAUUAUCCUCCUUCAACCUGGAUGAUUCGGAGGUGGCAUUACUGCAAGCCAUUAUUCUCCUCUCAUCCGAUCGUCCAGGUUUAACGAGCGUGGAACGGAUCGAGCGCUGUCAGGAGGAGUUCCUCUUGGCCUUUGAACACUACAUCAACUACCGGAAGCACAAGGUGGCACAUUUCUGGCCCAAGCUUCUGAUGAAGGUGACGGAUCUGCGCAUGAUUGGUGCCUGCCACGCCAGCCGGUUCCUGCAUAUGAAGGUGGAGUGUCCCACAGAGCUGUUUCCACCCCUCUUUCUGGAAGUGUUCGAAGACUGAUGGCCAACCAAUGAGGCCAAGCUGCUCCGUCAACACCAACCUCCACAGAUCCGACCUCCCAUCGAACUCUGUCGCCCUGUUCCUGGUCACAUGACUCUAUUCUAGCACUACUGAGCAUUGUUUCAUUCCAUAAUUUUAGGAGUAGCUCUCUGGCCUCAUUUGAACACAACCAUUCCUUUUACAAAGCGGGUACAUGUGAAUAGCAUUUAAAAAAAAAAAAAAUUCUUGUAAAAAUUCACCUUUUGGUUUCUCAAGUUUAUUAUUAUUUUUUUUUUUUUUCAAUGUAAAAUUGUUUUAUUUGUGAUCAUGGUCUUUUAUGCGGCUUCUCUAAGAUGUAUGAACUGUGCAUUCGUAGGGUUUAAUGUCGAGUAGAAAUCAGUGUCACAUCAGGCCUCCGAAAAAAACAACAAAUAACAGCACACUGCAAAGGAGGAAAGCAAUACUCCUCUUUUCUUCAACGUUCACUUCCCUUAUCUGUGGGUCUAAUGGUCUUUUCGUCUGCCAAGAUAAAGAAAAUCAGUGGAGUAUGAACAAUUUGAAAAGUGGGGGGCACAUAUUUCAGGGUACCCACAGUCAUGGAAAUCCUAGAAAUAUUAGAAAAUAACCAUUUAAAAAUGGUAAUUUCCAUAACUGGACAUGUCAAUUUUUGGUUAUGCUCAGUUCUAAAAUAUUUAAUUGGCUAGAAAUUGUUCUUCGUGAGUGCAAUUUAUAUAGAAUAAAAAAAUAAAAAUAAAUAAAAAAACGAUAUCAUGUCAUAAAUGUCCAGUAAUCAUGAAAGACUGGAAAAGUUUUCACUGGUCAAAAGAGGUGGGAACCCUGAUAUAAAAGCCUAAGUGCUAAUUAUUCCAAAACCUAGUGAGCUGCCUACAUAGACUAGGUCUUAUUAAAACACCUGUAGGACAAAAAACAAAAACAAAAAUCACAAAUGAGAUUUUUUUAAUAUCUCCAUUGUUUCUCCUAGAUUGCAAUGAGAUCAGAUGGAAAGCAAAUAGAGACUUGCUGAAGUCUCUUGCUUUUCAGAGUAAUCCUGUAUAUAUUUCCACUGGAGUUUCAGAACAUUGUCUCACACUGUGCUCAGAUUUGCAGUCUGCAAACAAAAUACAUUUCUCAUCAAUCAGCGCUGUACGGCUGGGCGAUAUCUAAGAAAUAUGUUCACGAUACCUUUCAAAAAAAAUAUUGCGAUAUCUGAUUGCAUCGUCAAACCCCCGGCCAAGGGAUUGGUGAAUAUUCUUGCUUUAUUGAUUUUGCUUUGAAAAAUUAAAUUAAUUGGUUGAAACAUGAAGAACUAAAACCGAAGAUAUUUAUCAAACAGAAUUAAUAAGCAAUUAAAAUAACAAAGUGGUCAAAAAAUCAUAUAUAACCACCCUUCCAUUUGCCGUCAUGCAAGUAUACGUCUACGACAACAGAUGGAAAAUUACUGAUAUCUGGAACAUAUUAAGAUCUAAAGACAAUUGUAAAUGUAAACAUGAUAAUAAUAAUAAUUUAAAUAUAAAUCCAUUUUUGGUUCAAGGUGGACGUGUUUUUGUAUUAUUUUAUGAGUUAAUCACACAAGUAAAGGCUAUAAAGUGAACCUGCAGAGUUGCGUUCACAAUCCAUAUUAAGCACGAACAGCUCCGUAGAAAUAAUAUGAACUAAACUUCGAGCACCUCCUUAGAUGGUCUGAGGUCAACUGCAAACAGUUUUCAGACAACUGGAAAAGAAAAGAAAAGAAAGAGUGAAAACUCUUUACAUGCGUUUUGUUCCAGGAGACACGUUUGCGAAUCAGACAUGAGCAUUAACGGCUUUUCAUUUGUCUGUUCUUAAAAAUAUAAAAAGGUGUGUUUCUUCAAGAGCAUGUCUUUGUGUCUAACAGCACUUCUUGUCAUGUGUCACUACGAGACGUCUUACAAUUAGCCAGCCACAGUGGCGGGUAGAUGAGGAAAACUGCCUGCCAUGUGCAUGAUACAGGCUAACCGCAUUUGACGGGUGCUAAUUUCAAACGCUGUGCUGAUAUUUUGUAUAUUUGGCAACUUGCCAGCUCUAUUGUUUUGUAUUUUCCCGAUGUUGUCGAUCAUCGUCUGUCAAUGAGUGUUGCAAUCGGGAUAUUUGUCAGACAUCGUCAAUAUCCGAUUACAUCGUCCUAUCGCCCAGCCCUACUGCGAUAUGCUAUCGCCAUUAACUUUAAAGCUCAAUUAAAUCAAAUUUGUGUCUCAUUUUAUGUCUCCUUUAGAAUUUUAGGAGAAAAGUUGGAGACAAAGUUGAUAAUUAAAUUAAACAUACAGUGUACUUAAUACUUAAACAAUUUAAUAAGAACUCCAGCAAGGCAGCUCAGGAGGUUUUGGAACAGAGCUAUAUUCCCAAAAAGUGGCGGGUAUGAACAUAUGCAUUUCUAAACGGCAUGACAUCAGUUACAAUGAUGCAUAUGCCUCUGAAUAAAAUCAUAGUUCUUUAUCAGUAAACCUGAAUGGCAAGCAGAUCUUCACAAUGCAGCAGCACACACAGACAGGCACUCCCAGGAAUACACAGAAUAAGAGCACAAAAAGGGUUUGAUGACCUCAAAAGAUGAUCUUCACAGACUUUAGCCCUUGUGGAACCUGUUAAGAAAGUGAAAGUUGGCAGAAACACACACUAGAGCACACUUGAGACCCUACAGCCACUAAUGUUAGCACAUGAUGCCUCUAUUAAGGGGCCAAAAAACAUCCUUACAAAAAUCUUACCCUGUCUGAACCUGCAUUGGGCUGCUCUGAGGAAUCUUAGGUCAUGAUUUUGUACCCUGACUCUGCUAGAACCGCUGACCUGCCCGGCGGUCUUUGUGCCUCAGAUUUCGAAGGAACACUGUUCAGGUUCAUUUUUCUGCAUGUCUGUCACACGACAGAUCCAAGGCGCGUGAACUUCUGCUUGAACUUGUUGGUGCUAUGAGUUUGCCGAUUUAUACCUCCGUUAGUGCUGUCAGUUAAACUCAGAACUGAACACACAACACACAUACUCUCAUUCACACACACACACAAAUACACAAGGUCAGUGGUCACCCCCUGCGUCGGAUGUGUCUGUGAUGCUGUUUCAACUGUUUUCAUUUCUGUUCUGGUUUUCUUGUUUUUGAGUUUUUAAUCUUUCAUCCUCAUGUGCUGCAAAAGAGUUUGAAUCUCACAUACCUCUACUGAUUGACAGGAAGCAACAGAACUGGUUGUUUUCUUUUUGUUGAAAGAUAACAUGAACAUUUAGACUCGCACUUCGCAGCAAAAUCAAUCAGUGUUUUGUUAUAGUGAUGCCUUUUGUAAGAAAUAGAAUUGCUCCAGUGGUUUUACAUGUUUUGGAUUGCACAUAUAAGCACAUACAUGCCAGAUAUUACACAGACUCAAAGUUAAUGCACAGACAAUCAACGAGUAAGCAGAGAGAGGGAGAGAGACAUGUAGAGGGGGUGAAAGGUCAUAGCCAGGGUCCAAAACUAACCCUUGCCAAGCGCCAAAUGCGAGGAAAAAUUUGCUUUGGCUGGUCAGUAAAACUCGGCAGCUGAAUGAUAACUUUAUUAGCAACUGCAGCAUUGCAUGGCUGAAGUCGAAUUGAAGAUGCAAAUAAAAUAUCCAAAAUAAUAAAAACGUAUUCACUCACAUGAGGCGGGUAUUUUUUUUUUUUUUUAUUCGAUUAGAAGACAUGGGCAUAAACUACAAUGGAAGCACUUUUACUUAAAAUAUUCCUAUGGAAUUGAUAUAGACAUUUAGAUGUGCAUUAAAUUGUGUGACUUAUCUUCAACAAGCCAUGUGAAUACAUAAUUUGCUCAGAGAAUAUAAUUAAUGUAAAUCAUUACAAAGCAUCUGAAAUGUUGCUUUGGUUAUUCUGAAAUGCCAAAGUCUGUCAUCAAAAUGAUUGUCUAUUAUUACCUCCCAGAACUGUGACACGCUUUCACUCCCAGACGUUUUUCUGUGAGCUUUAAACCACAAGUAAUUUAUUACAUUUAAAUAAAGAGCCUCAGUGGCUGCAACUUCAUUUCUAUUUUGGGCCAAUUCCUAAAGAAGAGAGGAUUUUGUUCUCUUAAAUGCAUGGGCUGGAAACUCAGCUUUAUUUGGAAAUAGUUUUUUGCGACAUUCCAAUUUUGAACAAAAAAUUAAAUUCGUAACUUGGAUGGAAAAUGACUACUGAUGUAAGUGACAUGAGCUAAUCAAAUCAAAGGCCAGAAACAGACACAAACGCAUAUGUGAAUGCUUGGCCAACACAUUGCAUGUGUGCGGCCCUCUUGUACAGAAUGUGGCAGCAGGGCCGUCGCCAGAACAUAUAGAGCGAUGGGCAUUUCGUUUUUCUUAGGGAGGCACACUUCUUUAUGAUCUGAGACACAGAGAUAGACCAAAAACAUUUCCAUACCACAAUACAAGUCAACCCACUCAGUAGUUAUAAUCGAAAUAGACCACGUUUAUAAUAAAACAUCUGAUAACACCAUACAAACAAAAAUCCAGUGUUUUCACUCGCAUCUGCGUAUAUUCUUAGUGGGUAAUGUGAUGUUUAAAGUACUACAUUUGUAAAAAAUUGUCAAAAAAUAUUUGGCUCUAUGGUGCUGAUACUUCACAGACUCAAGAUGACCAUUUUUAUUGACAGUGCCUCACCUGAGUGGGUAAAAGCAAUGAUCCGGGUUUAGUUACGUUGAUAUCAUUAACUACUUUAACUACUUUGAGUUGUUUUGACAGCCAACAACUGCACAAGUUGAACCUGAAAUUCAUUUAAAAAAAAACAAAAAAAAACAUAAAUGGUUUUUGUUCUCUGUCUGGAUCGCUUGUUUCGGUAGUUUUUACAUUGUGUCUUAAGACCAGAAACAGAAAACAGGCAAUUAGAGUCAUCAUGGCGCCACCCAGUGGUUGCUCAGGAAAACUGUCGAUAAAAACAACACCAAUUACAACAACACUAUUGUUAGUUAUCGCGAGCAUGCCCACCUGCUGCUCUGUCAAUGACGAUUCCUUCCUUCCUAUCACCUCGCUUAUGUCUCCACUCUGAUUCGCACUCUGUUGAUGGUGGUCUCUUUAAACCUCUUUCUUAAAACAAAUCUAAAUCAUUACACAGCACUGCCAAAAUUAUUAUUGGAAGGCCUGCUGUCGUUGAUUACGAUUGGGGCCAUUGGCUGUUCUAUUCAAAUAAUUAAUGAGGUAGGUCUGUGCAAUUUUGGGUAUUAUUUGGGGAUGCUAUUAAUUGUCAUUCAUAAGUAGAAUGGGGUUACAAUUCUGUUUCAUGUUACAUAUAGUGUUAAUAUGCAGUUUUAUGUUAAAUGACAAUGUGUGAUUUAAAGUUACCUUUGGGGAGAAACUAAUGCUUAAUGUACAAAUGCUUGCAUGAUUAAACCAAGAGAGGAAAUUGCUUUCA